UAAGCCCAUGUGGACGUAUAAAUAUUGAUCAUCAGGAGGAUAUAACGCACAUCCGAGUGGCAUUUCUCUGGGGCUUUCAGAGGGAUGCGGGAGAGAUGGAGCAUCCUUCGUGACGUCACGGCCGCCGCAUCAUCCGUGCGCUCAGCCUCCAGGCUCGCGUCCGUCUCUCCGCUCGCCUCCAUCCGUCAAAACACUCCUCGCCGCCUCGGAUCCUGCGUUUUCCCGUGAAAAUGGCCGCGCAGGAGGUGACCGCGCAGCCCGGCGACACUCUGGCGACGCUGAAGACCGAAUCUGAGUCGCUGAAAACAAAACUGUUGGAUGAACGAGCCAAACUGCACGACGUCGAGCUACAUCAGGUGGCGGAAAAGGUGGAGGCUUUGGGUCAGUUUGUCAUGAAGACCAGACGAACCCUGAAAGGCCACGGGAAUAAAGUGCUGUGUAUGGACUGGUGUAAAGACAAGAGGAGAAUCGUCAGCUCAUCUCAGGACGGAAAGGUGAUUGUAUGGGAUGCAUUUACGACUAAUAAGGAACAUGCAGUGACCAUGCCCUGCACAUGGGUCAUGGCCUGUGCUUACGCCCCCUCUGGUUGUGCCGUGGCUUGCGGCGGUUUGGACAACAAGUGCUCCGUGUACCCUCUGUCCCUGGACAAGAACGAGAAUCUGGCGGCCAAGAAGAAAUCAGUGGCCAUGCACACCAACUAUCUGUCUGCGUGCUGUUUCACUAACUCAGAUAUGCAGAUUCUGACCUCUAGUGGUGAUGGCACAUGUGCGCUGUGGGAUGUUGAAAGCGGUCAGAUGCUCCAGAGCUUUCACGGACACGCGGCUGAUGUGCUGUGUCUGGACCUCGCCCCCUCUGAGACCGGAAACACAUUUGUGUCGGGGGGCUGUGACAAGAAGGCGUGCGUGUGGGACAUGCGUACGGGACAAUGCGUCCAGUCUUUUGAGACCCAUGACUCAGACAUCAACAGCGUACGGUACUAUCCAAGCGGAGACGCUUUCGCUUCGGGCUCAGAUGAUGCUACUUGUCGCUUGUAUGACCUGAGAGCGGACAGGGAGGUGGCCAUUUAUUCUAAAGAGAGCAUCAUAUUUGGAGCUUCUAGUGUGGACUUCUCCCUCAGUGGGAGACUGUUGUUUGGUGGAUACAAUGACUACACCAUCAACGUGUGGGACGUUUUAAAGGGAACGCGCGUGUCCAUCUUGUUCGGACACGAGAACAGGGUCAGCACGCUCCGUGUCUCUCCAGACGGAACCGCCUUCUGCUCAGGAUCCUGGGAUCAUACGUUACGGACCUGGGCCUGAUCGUGAAACAUCACUGCGUGUUUCGUCUGGUGUUUGAUUGAAUCUUUUAGGUUUUAGCAGCGUCUCUGGAAUCCAAAAUAUCCACAGACUGGAAUAUUGUGUUAAGUGCAGUAGAGUUUAUGGUACAGAGGGACUGUAGUGCACAUAGACACACACAAACCUUCACUUCUACACUCAGUUCAUCCUGUGCUUGCUAUUAUGGGAUUGUCUCUGUUUCCACGGCUGCAACUACUGCUCCACAGUGAUGCACUAGUUAAUAUGAGCAUAAUAUAAACACACAUAUUACCAGUAAAAUAACGUAUUAUAAACCCUGAUCUAAAAUCAAUCAAAGUACUUCAGGUUGUUUUGGUCGUUGUACUGUAUGAGCUAAAUUAUUUACAAUAAUGUUAUUACUAACCCCUUGAAUGAGACAUGAAGAAAAGGUUGUAUAGCUGACAGGAUAUGUAAAAUAAAGUAAACCGGUUUAGCUAUGCUGUUUCUUAUAAUAUUCUGACUGCCGUUUAAUUAUUACAGCACUAUAGUUCUUCUUUCCUACUGUAGAAAAGUGUAUAUAUCAUUAUGUCAUAUAUGUUGUCUUAUCAAUACAGAUGUCUAUACACUUAAAGCAAAUAAAUGGAUUUUAAAC